UUCCAACAGAAGCAUAGAAUACCGAGCUAUCCAAUUUGAAGGAAGGCUAUCAUCAUAUACUGCAGAUUGCCAUGUACAUAGUACGUGGCAUCUCAUCAGAUAUUCGGAUUGUAAUCGCAGUGCUUAGCAAUCCUUACCCUUCCCGUGAUUUUGCCAAGACCAGCUCCUUUGCGCAUGCACGAAUAUCUGCGGGAUACAGAUACACAGUUUCUGCUCCACAUUCAGUUAUACUAUACCGUCUCGCGUUCAGAAAGGAUGCUACUUCUAAAUAAAAACCGAGUGCUUUCUUUGGUCGUUAAUUUUAUUUUUCUUAUCAUUCUCAUUUCAUCGAGUGUCCAAGCGGACGAGAGAAACAUUAACAAGCUGCUGAACAACCAGGUGGUGGUCAGCCGCCAGAUUAUGUGCAUCCUGGGCAAGAGCGAAUGCGACCAACUGGGCCUUCAACUCAAAGCUGCCCUGCCAGAAGUUAUAACCAGAAAAUGCAGGAACUGCUCCCCACAACAGGCGCAAAAAGCCCAAAAGCUGACCACAUUUCUGCAAACUAGAUACCCGGACGUAUGGGCCAUGCUUCUGAGGAAGUACGACAGUGCCUAAAUGGCAUCUAAAUGUUAUUCUCAUGCAUCGAAUAUAAUAAACUAGUCUCGACAUCA